AUGGAGGAGGACCGACUCGGUGUUGCGUGGUUCACCAACUUUCACGCCUGGCGUCCACCUCAAUUCGCCAGGGAGCACGCUUCCUGGAACACAAAGUCUCUAGACUUGAAUGAUAUGGCCCACUUGAAACUGGUCCUCUUCAGGGAUCAGGUCCUCAUCGUUAUCGGCGGCAAAGUCGGUCUGCCUCGAACCGUCUACCAGAGUGAGGAUGACCUCCGAAGGUUCUUUGAAGAUACAUCCACAAUCAGAUACGACAGAGAUAUCCAGAUGGGCCAUGUGGUCGAUUAUUUCGUCGGCAGAGAUGGCGCGGCUGUGUAUAAUUUCCCUGCAAUCGAUGCGGCGGAGUCCUUGACGGAGAGGGAGAACGGACUAUGCAAAGUUAGCAGAGGCAUCAAGGUAUCGCAGGAUGAACUUGCCAGCCGGGCCGUCAACCUCAUAAAGGACCCGAUUUUUCAGGUUGCCGAUGCUCUUAUCAUCAACCAGGACUUCGCUUUUUCCAUCUCGGACGACGCUCCAUUCGACUCAUUUGUUGAGGACUUGUACAAUCGAAGACAACAGUCAACAGACGCAGUGUUAGCGAUAUGUGACGCUAUUCGUGCCCUUCCAAACCGCAGGAGGAAAGAUAUGAAAAUCAUUGUUUUGCAGAAUUCAUCGACUUGGCCCUCACACUCUGGAGCUGAAGCAGCACGUGGCAAGGACGGCCAUCUCACACCAUCAGCCGAGUCACAGACAAAGGAGGCUGCAUAUUGUAAGGAUCUUCGAGACUCGGUUGGCAUCGAGUUGUCCUUCGUCAUGAAUGCUGUAGUACCGCAUAUGAAACCUAGUGUUGAUGAUAAUUGGAGGGUUACAUUGAACUGUUUCUCCAGGCGCGGUUUCAGCAACUGGGAGAAGAGGCAGAUUGGUAUAGACCUCGCUCGCCGUGUGGCUUUCGGCGAGAAUGGGCCAACGCCAGAGCAAAAAGAAGAACUAUACGACAAAGUUUUGGAACAGUUCCUACGAUCACGAAUGCUUUUCAGACAGUACAGUCUCAGUGAGAUACUUCUGUGGAACAGAGAGCAGAUGUUGAGGUCCUUUACUAGCUCUAGGAAAGUCAGCUGCCCACCUCAGAUCGAAACCCCAGCCAGAAUUAUUCUCGAGCCUCCUCCUGAGAUCGUGGAGGGCACAAUAACAGAGCAGGAGAUGGGGAAUGACGUUGAAAGUGCAAUGGAAUUGACAGCUAAUCCGCCGCCAGCUCUGGCGGGCAAGGUCGCGCUUAUAUUGGAUUCUGGACGGGGGGAUGGCGUCACCGAAGCAACCUGCCUGGAGCUCGCGCGCCUUGGCGCCAAAGUCGGUGUUACAUAUGUUCCAAGUGUCCAAGGAUGUGAGAUGGCUCUUCGAGUAGUACAGGAGAUUCGUAGAAAUGGAGGAAAGGCUCAGAAAGUCCCGGGGAUUCCCUUUCGCUCUAAAAACUACUCUUACCCGGACGGCGGUGACGAUACAAAUUACAUUCACGAGCUGCUGGGCCUUUUGGUUGAUUCUCUGCAGGUCUCUCAGAUAGAUAUAAUCGUCAACAACACAGGCUGGCGCUACGACUUGGCUGGAGACACCCCAGAGCACCACGAUGAGAUGUUGCAUCUCAUGAGCAGAGAUGGAACUCGCAAUCUCCUAGCCCUCACGUACACUGUGGAGCACUGCGUUGAGUAUAAGCUCCUUGGCGAGGGGGCACGCAUCAUCAACAUCGCCGGCAUGAUAGUCAACCCGGCCACGCAUAUGAACGGCGCUCCACACGGGACAUAUCUCUUCAGCUUCAUGGAUCGGUGGUCAUAUCAGCUUCUGAACGCCUCCCCACACAUGGACGAGGACGAUCCAUUCGUUCAAUUCAGCACCAUUAUUCCUGGUUUCGUCAUGGACGAUGCAAUCCGGCCCACCAAUGAGAAGGCCCGGGAAGACUGGUGGGCAAACCUAGGCACUAUGCACGUGCUGUGGAAAGAUCCAGAAACCGUCCAAGAAACAGCCAAAAUCAUUGGUCUGCUUGCGCUACCAGAGUUUGCCGAGGAGAACAUCGCGAUCGCGCCGGAUCACGAGUUCGUUCCGCCCAGACCUGUUGGUCCCAGCCUGGGUGAGUCGGGAGAAGGUGCCAAUGACAGGCAUGGUGGCGGGCACGGUCCAAAUAGCUGGGUCAUGGGCGGUGCAACUUCUGCUAGCAAGACUGUCAGGUUUGCUAAUUCAUGA